CAUGGGACGCCCGCGGUUGUUUUGAACACGUGAAAGGCUCGGUUUACCGAGUCGCUCCCGUACCCGAGUGUGUGUUUGUGUGUGUGUUAGGGGAGUCCCCCACUUCUUUUCCCCUCGCCUCCAGCCCACGAGCGAAUCGACCCUCGCCGCGUCUCACCACCGCAUCGCCGUUCUCCUCAGCUACGGCCGCCACGCCGGUCCCCGGGAAUGGUUUUAAACUUUAAAUAAAGGCUUAAAAUUAGAAAUACUUCUGCGUGUGCUUUUCGGCUGGACAGAUUUCCCUCAAGGGCAGAGCCUGGACAUUCCUCCUCUCCUCUUGCCACACCACUGGCCUUCUCUUGCCGGGGAGAUGAAGGAUGGAGAGGUUCCUGAUGAAGAGAACCGGGAGGGACUUUGUGGACAAAGAGGAGGUGCCCACCGCGCUGGGAGGAGACCAGGGAAGUGUAGCAAAGAGGGCCAGGAACCAGCCCAGAGUGGGUGGCCACCCGGCAGGCCCUAGGUGGCGGCACAUUCAGGCCGAAGGCUUGGAUUGCGAUUACACUGUCCUGUUUGGCAAAGCUGAGGCCGAUAAGAUCUUCCAUGAGCUGGAGGAAGAGGUGGAGUAUUUUACAGGUGCAUUGGCCAAGGUCCAAGUGUUUGGGAAGUGGCACAGUGUGCCCAGGAAGCAGGCGACAUACGGCGACUCUGGGCUGACCUACACGUUUUCGGGCCUUACGCUGAGUCCAAGACCCUGGAUCCCAGUUCUAGAGCGUGUUCGGGAUCGCGUCUCUGAGGUCACAGGACAGACCUUCAACUUUGUGCUCAUCAACAGGUAUAAAGAUGGCUGUGAUCACAUUGGGGAGCACCGAGAUGAUGAAAGGGAGCUGGCUCCUGGGAGCCCCAUCGCCUCUGUCUCCUUCGGAGCCUGCAGGGACUUCCUCUUCCGGCACAAGGACUCUCGAGGGAAGAACCGCUGCCGGGAGGUGGAGGUGGUCAGGCUGCAGCUGGCCCACGGAAGCUUGCUGGUGAUGAACCAUCCAACCAACACCCACUGGUACCACAGUCUUCCUGUCCGCAGGAAGGUUCUGGCUCCACGGGUCAACCUGACAUUUCGUAGAAUCUUGCCUACUACUAAGAAAUAAAAUGUGUUCCCAACA